AUGGCGCAGCCGUCGGAGAGUACCGUGCAGCCCGCUCAGAAUGCCGCCGAGUCGACUGGCCAGGGCCAGCGGUCACCAGUCCAAAGAAUCAGAAAGAAUAGACUUUCAGCUGAGGAGAAGCGCAAGAGCAAGAAGUAUGGCCUCGAUUCUGUCUUGAAGCAAACGGGCCAGAAAACAGCAAGAAAGUCUAGAAAACGGAGAAAUGAAGACACUGCACCUGAUUCCGAGCCAGUCGAUGCUCCCACACGCAAAAAGGCAAAAAGACUUACUACUCAGGCGUCUGAAAAGUUUCUCAGCGCUCUAAUCACCCCUAAUAUUAUCGAAGAUGCGCACGCUAGUGCUUCUGCACAGGCCAUGCCUGAGUUUGGAGAGAGGGACAAAGAGAAGGCAUUCAGACGGAUGAUUGCCAGCAUUCCUGCGGCAGAUCUUGCUGAAGCGAAGUCGGACCAUAACAAAAUAAUAAUCGCAAGCCGCAAAUUCUCCAAAGGGGUGAGAAAAGACGGGACAGGAGGCUAUCGCAUCCCAGGUAUGAGAACAAGCUUGUACCACUAUCAACUGCUGGGAGCAGCAUUCAUGCGCGAUCGAGAGAACUCAUCUUAUCCACCCCACGGCGGAUUUCUGAGCGAUUUCAUGGGUUUGGGUAAGACCAUUCAAGCACUAGCAAACAUGGUCGAUGGGCGGCCCUCGGACCCAGAAGACCCGAUCAAAACCACACUGAUUGUUGUUCCAUCACACUUGGUAUCUCAUUGGAAGAAUCAAAUUAUCAAACAUUGCGAUGGUAUCGAUCUCAAGGAGAUUGUCACGUACUGUGCUGGACAUAGAUUGGAUACAUUGGACAUUGUUGGAAGCCUCCAGGAAUACAGUGUCAUCAUCACCACGUACGACGAGGUGAGAAGGUCAUAUCCCCAAAGCUGCAAGCCACCAGCACCGACCGGGACUGAAGACGAAGUGAUUGCAUGGUGGGAUGAACGUUAUGAAGAGCAUCUCGGCCCUCUGCAUAAGAUAAAGUAUCACCGGAUCAUUCUUGAUGAGGGACACCUCAUCAGAAAUCAUGGUUCGGCUGUUUCGAUGGCUGUCUGCGCUUUGACUGGCACUCAUAAGUGGAUCCUGAGUGGCACACCUAUACACAACUAUAUCGAUGAAUUAUUUCCUCAAUUUGACUUCCUGGGGGUACCCGGCACCAAAACCCACGAAAAGUUUCUCAGAGAUUUCUGUCAGGACGAAAAUAGCCACAUGCGCCUGGUCAAUCUCAUACGAUCAUUCAUGCUCCGCCGAACUCACGCCAGUCGGCUUUUCUCAUUUCCUUUGGUCAAACUACCGGAUGUUCAUGAUGAAGUCAUCAGAGCCGAGUUUUGUGAUGCUGAACGUGAGCUUUUCAAUGCCAUUGAAGACCUUUUCAUUCGGAACAUUAAUCAGCUUGCGAAACACAAGCAUCCGAAGCUGGCUCAAUACCGAUGUUUCCUGACGAUGAUAUUGAUACUCCGCAUGCUCAUUGCGAUCCGCAGCAACCCAACAGUCAUCUGCGACAAACGUGAAGAGCAUCUGGUUGAUUCCCCAAAUCUUCAAGGAGAUAAGGAGAAGCUAGUAAGGGACUAUUAUGACUUGAUGCUCAAACUCCAUGAAAGUGAGCAAUGGGAUGAACGUCUUAAGAGGAACAGUUGUCCACACUGCAAGUGUGUUCCCGUCUAUCCCGUCAUCACAUCCUGCCAUCAUCUCUACUGCGAGGAGUGCUACAGUUAUCUCUCUGUCAAUGAGAGCACAGACGAUGGCAAGCCGAUGUGCCGUGUCUGUCAGGAACCUAUUCAGGAAGCAGCCUAUUGUGACGCGGUCGAAGACAUUGAGCUUACACAGACACAAUCCACGAAGAACCCGAAGCAAGAUACAGCAACUCAACGCAAGAAGAAAUCCAAGACUGGCGUGUGGCGAAAGCCUCAGGGCUCAUUUCGGCGGCCUGCUUACCUGAAUUCGGAUGAGGAGCUACCUACCGAGCCAGAUGCGGACGAGCAAACAGACUGGAUAGAAGCAUGCGCGAGUCAAAUGCCAUCAGCCAAACUGACCAAGAUCCGAGACCUGGUGGCGAAAUGGCUGGCUGAGUCGCCAAGGAACAAGAUUGUUAUCUUCACUCAAUUUCUCGACUUCAUCCGCAUCUUGGGGAAGAUGUGCCAGAGGGAGAAGUGGCCGGCAACUUCGUUGACUGGAAAAAUGAAUCUGGCCAAACGAGAAGCAAGCAUGGAGCAGUUCAGCGACGUGAACGGCAACACGAAGAUCAUGCUGGCGAGCCUGAAGGCUGGUGGCAUAGGACUGGAUUUGACCGCGGCGAACAAGUGCAUUCUGGUCGAUUUGUGGUGGAACGAUGCCGUACAGGAUCAGGCUUUCUGCCGGGUGUGGCGCAUUGGCCAGACUCAAGAGGUGGAGUACAAGAAGAUCAUCGUCAGCGAAACCAUCGAUGACUAUCUUCUCCGGCUUCAAUCAGAGAAACUGGCGUCGAUCGAUCAGACCAUCGGCGACGAAAAGCUCAAGAGCCGCGACACAAUGGAAGAACUGCUCAACAUGUUUGCAGAUGUCGAGGUCGAUCCAAAUGGCGCCUUCAGGUUGACCCGCAAACCCAAGAAGUCGAAUGCGUACUCGAAGUCAGACGGCAAGGGAAAGGAGAAGGAGAAGCAGAGCGAACCCCCGGAGUCGGAGGAAGUCCCGGCUGAGUCCUGAACCCAGAUCUCCCUCUUUCUUUUGGUCGACACUGAAGCUUUAUCAUAUACGAAACGAGCUUGGAAUUUCUCUUUAUUUCUACUAUCUCAUUUGUGAUACCCUUCAAGUUAUCGGUUUUGAAUAGUUUUCUUUGAGG